UUAAGGCUGAAUCUUUAACGCUGUGCUGCUACUCAUGCCUACGUUGUUUACAACCUCCAAACAUGGCCGUUGUUUAACUUAACUUACUUAUGACGGAGAGCAAUCAGUAGCCAAGGAAACGCUUACAUUGAAAUGUAUUAACAUUAUAAACGAAUCGCUCUGCAUAUUUCUACUCGUGCACGGAUUUUUUUUCCCCCGCUUCUCGUUGGUUCAGUUUAAUCGAUUUUAGCCAGGCUAUUUCUUUAGCUAGUUGUUUAGCUUGCUAACUUGUCCAGAACCAUGACAGCGACCUCUGAAGGUAGCAGUGGCUGUAAUGCUGCGAAAGGACUGGACAUAAGUCUCGCUGCUCUGCAGCGACAAGACCCAUAUAUAAAUAAUAUUGUCGAUGUGGCCAGCCAAGUCGCUCUGUAUACAUAUAACAACAGAACAAAUGAGUGGGAGAAGACGGAAGUUGAAGGCACUCUUUUUAUUUACACAAGAUUGGCAUCUCCAAGACACGGAUUUACCAUUAUGAACCGUCUCAGCAUGGACAAUCUGACAGAGCCGAUCACAAAAGACUUGGACUUUCAGCUUCAGGACCCUUUCCUGCUUUAUCGCAACGCACGAUUGGUUAUUCAUGGGAUUUGGUUCUAUGAUAAGGAAGACUGUCAACGUGUUGCCCAGAGGAUGAAGAUUCUGACCCAUCAGGAGCAGCUCCUGGCUCAUAACCAGGAUGGGUGGUUGUCACCAGGAAGAGGAAGAGAAGGAAUAAUAGGAGCUGGAAAAGGAGGAGGAAGCAGUAAAACAAAGCCAGUCGACAUCAUCCAGAUGUUGACCAAAGCGCGCAGCGAAUUCGACAAAGAAAAACCUCCCUCAGAACCAAAAGAGAUUGGUGGGAGCAGUGUCCUUUUUGGAAACCCCAACCUCAUCAAACCAAUACCCGUUAAACCACACACUCAGAGCAGUGAGGGUUCUGAGCCCAAGGCUCUUUCUUUGGCGACCCUGUUUGGAUCUCAGCAUCACACACCGCACUCCUCUAUAUCUGCUCCCCCUCCUGCUGGGAGGGCUGCCACAACCACAGGAAAAGUCUCUCGCCCCCCGGUGGCUCGCACUUUGACCUACGACGAUGCGGUCACCUCAGCUGUUGGACACAUUGCUCUUGCCGGGGGCUCAGAUGGAGAUGUCAGGCCACUACCUGGUGAAGAGAGUGGAAACGUUGUAGCUGUUCUGCUCAGUCCCUCCCCCUCCACUCAACCUCUGCAGAACGAACCCCAACACUGCCCGGCCAUUGCAAAGCUGAUGCAGGGCCAGAGGAGUGUUGGAGGCGGCCUGCAAACCGUCUCUGAGUCCCCGGAGAACCGACUGUGUGAUAAUGGGGUGCCCCUGGACCAACACCACCACCUGUAUCAUCAUCACCAUCAGCAGCACCACCACCAUCAUCAUCAUCACCAGCAGCAGCAGCAGCUUCACCAUGAUCCAAUAAAGAAGCUUUUUCAAAGUCAUUCACUUCCUCAACUGGCCACCACCUUUUCCUCCGCUGUCCGGCCCACCGCUUGUUGCUCCAAUCCACCCCCUCUUCAGGCUCACUCUCACCUCUCCCCCCAUUUUGUAGCAGGAGAGUCUGCCUCGUGCCCCCACCUUCAAGUACAGCAAAGCCAGCAGCUGUUUUUCAGACUUCCAGAGUCCCAAACAGAAGAACAGCACAGCAGCCAAACAGCAGCAGCUUCACUGGGAACAGGUCUGCCAUCCCAGUUGCAGGGAGUGGUUUCACCUCAUGAACUCCUCCAGAAGCUGCAGUUGGUCCAGCAAGAACAGAGCCUGAGCUCUCUUGAUCUGCCGCGACCUCACCCCGGAUUGGCUCCUCGAUUCCUGGGCCCAAACCAAAACCUCAGUGCCAGUUCACCGGCGGGACCAGCCGCAGCCUCGCUCACUGCAGGUCAAAAAACGGCCCUGCAGUGUCAGGUCAUUUCCCCCCAACGUAUACCAGCCACCGUGCCCCCCACUCAACUCCUUGCUCCCAGUGUGUUCACUCAGACAAAGCUCAGCAGUGGCUCGUCUGCCAUUGCUCAGGAAAGCCAUGCUGCACCCACAACCCUGCCCCAACCCCCCCAGCAGGAGGAGGUCAGAGCCCUUUCCAAAAGCCAGCUUCAAGCCGCGCUGCUGCAUUUAAUCCAGACUGACAGCUCAUUUCUGAACUCCAUCUACGAAGCAUACGUCAGCCGAUUCGCUAACAGCUCCAGCAGCAAGUACUGAUGACUCUUCACACCCUGUCUGCAGUCAGUCACACUCCAUCUGUUCUCAGAUGUAUUCUGACUCCAAAGAAGAAUGUACUGCAUCCAUUUUUAAAAUCACUGUCUCUGUGUCAGCCUGCCUCUAUUUGCCCCAAAUAAAGCUUUUUUCUUCUUCCAAAAAAUGGAAACAUUCUAUUUUGUAGAAAUGGUAAUUGUAGUUUUUUGUAAAGGUAACGACAGUAGUUUGCAUCUUUUACUAAUGAGACGCUCCAAAGCAUAUAUUCAAUUCUGAACUACUUUACGUAGGUCAGAAGCUAUUUGUAGCGGAUUCUAUCUUUUAGUAAACUGUUGGACUUUCACAUAUUUUCAAAGAUUUCUAUUUUCAGUUAUUAAAGGUUACAAUAAACAAUUUGUAAAGUUUAAAAAAAGGACAAAUCUUGAAAACUCGGGCAGCAAAAUAACAAAGCCCAGAUUUUAAAAUCUCAUGACUUUGUUUUUUUGCUGCCCGCCAUUUUUGUUUUUUUUGUUUUUUUAGCAAAUACAAGUAUUGUGUUUUAACUGUUUUGUAAUCAAAAUGCAGAAUUUUCCAGUUUUGUUGGUUAUAUUGUGUUAAAUCCUCCAGUUUGUAGCAUACAUCAUUUUCCAGCUGGGACAGAGAGGAAUGUGUUCACGUUUCCUGCACACCUGUAACAUACAGGAAACGGUCCUAUCUACAUCUUUGUUAUUUACAAGAAAAAGGAAACUUCCGUAACUCAGCUUAAUGAGAAACUUUUGAUAUGCACUGCCUCACAAACUGCUAGUUUACGGGUAUUUUUGUCAAAGAAGCGGCACGUUUUGGUUUGUAUUUUUUUAGAAAAGGUUUUAGGAGUACAGAAAUGAUUGACACAGAUGUAUCACUCCGCCUCCUUUCCAUGUGUUAUCUAUUACUGUUUUUAAACAAAAAAAAAAGCAGACGGUCCCACUGUGGGUUUCUGAAAGCAUUUUAUUUAUACCGUUAGGCCACUUUCUCAUGUCAAUGUCUGGGUUUGUGUGUUACUCGUGCUCUAAACUUGCACAUCGCUAAAUGUUACUGUAGCAACCAAACAAAACCAGCAGCAGCAGUGUAAAUAUGUUUCAGGACAGAAGAGAAAUAAAUUCAUUCCUAUUUUUAUACUUGAGAAGCAAUAUUAGGCUCCAUUUAGAUGUUAGAUGUGUUCACAUCAUCCACUCAUUUGACAGCUUAUUAAAAUAUAAAACUUGUCUCAUUUGAAACCAUGUUAAUUAAUUGAAAUAUUUCUGCACAAUCUCUUAUUGUCUGGAAUAUUUUUGCUGUUCCAUUACAUAAAAUUCUUUUAAAGCCGCCUCUGGUGUUGCUGACUGUUUCUGGUUCGGUGGUGCUUUGAUUAUUGCGGUUGAAGGUUCAUAAAUCUACAAAGUGAUCGAAAUAGUUCUCUCAUUAUAAUUUAAAGUGUCAAUCAAUAAAGAAAUGGUGGUUAAUCUUUUUUUUUACAGUUUAGAGCAUUCUUUGCUAAUUAACCUGUUCAAUUGCUCUGUCGUGAUAAAUGUGCUGUUAAAUAUGCUGUGCUGUUAAAACACUCAUAUUUAAUAUACUUAAAUAUUGUUAAUUCUACGUUGUUGUUUUUUGUCUUUAAAAGGCAGGAUAUUACAUUUUAUUUAAGAAAUCUUAUCAAGACAAAUUCUCCAAGUUCAUUUGACAAAUCUUUUUCACUAAUGACAAGAGAAAAACUUCUUGUAUUGUAAUUGUAACAUAUUUUGAGGACUUGUCUUCCUCAGUGUAUGGAUACAUAUUAUAGAACAUCCCCAAAAGUA